UCUCCUCCGCAAAUGGUCGGGAACUUGGCUCGACACCGGCGAGCGUUCCCCCCUUUGAUACAAGUACCGAGAUCCCCGCUGACUCAGCGGCAUUUGAAACCGGUUGACUAAGCGGGAACCACCCAAAAGAGACAAACUUUGAUUUCUUCGGUGCUUCUGAUUGGCUCCAGCGGCGAACCUAAAAUGUCAAACUCUAGCGCCGACCCCACUCCGGUGGCUCAAUCCAGUCCCCGUGCGCCCCGGCGCUUCGACUCGCGCCGCGCGCCGAGUGACUUGUUGGCCGACACACGCAACUGCGCCGAGCGUGCGAUGCGGCCAAUGGACAUUCGCGAAUGGCGUGCUCGCCGCUUAGUCAGCGGCCUCGCCAACAUCAAUGACAAGUUCAGUCCGAUCUUUUGGGGGGGAGGUUGCGCAAAUGAGCAAAUGAGCAAAUGAGGCUCUCGGAACGCACGGUCAGUGGUAUGGAUGGUCCUGGUCCCCGGAUCAGCCCGCGGCAUCCCACCCGUACCACGCGCGAAAACUGCAGGGUUUUACGAGAGAUGCAUCCUGUUCUUCCUAUCAAAGUUGGCAUUACGAAAUUUCCCCUAAUUAUUCAGCGGACCGGCCACGCACUUCGGACAUUGCCAAGGGGGCUCGAGGAGCCUUUUUUCGUCCGUACAGUUUGUAAUCGAUGACGAGAUGACAGCAUGUCUGCCACGCGUGGGACGCUUCAGACGCCAAAUGCCCAUGGGCACACCGUGGGGCGCCGGCGAAUAUCCCUCCAAGUUGCCCAAUCCUGCCGUCCAGUCCGGCCCCCUUUGGACCCAUAAUCCGUAAUCUGAGGGGGUCUUACAGAGAUCUCAGGUAACUGUAGAUCGGACACUAAUCAAAUCUACAACGCCGAGUCCGUCGACCGUACCUGCUGGUCUCCAAAGAAUGAAAACAAAUAAGGGGCCCGGCACCCUGUACGUUCCCAGUCACUUCCGUUCUUCAAACCGCCCUGGGCAUAUCGUGUAUCCUUCCUGCGAUGACCUUCACCGCACCCGACACCAAAGAAGAGGUCACGUUAAGUUCUUCGUCAAUCCGUGCAGGCGUCAUGGAGUCCGACGGCACGCUGGCCAGCGGCUCCAACUACGAGCGGUCCAUCGAGCUCGACGCCGUUCCCGAUGACAACAACAACAACAACAACAACAACACCACUUGGUCGCUCAAGCACAAGGUCGAAGCCGUCCGGGAGAGGGACCAACGCUCCGGCUUCCCGGCCCGCGAGCUCGGCGUGACAUGGCAGAAUCUCACGGUCCAGGCCGUCAGCUCCGAUGCGUCGAUACACGAAAACGUUCUCACCCAAUUCAACAUCCCCAAGCUCGUCAAGGAAUCCCGCCACAAGCCUCCCCUGAAGACCAUUCUCGAUAACACACACGGAUGUGUGAAGCCCGGCGAGAUGCUCCUCGUCCUCGGACGCCCCGGGUCGGGUUGCACAACCUUGCUCAACAUCUUGGCGAACCACCGCCGGGGCUACAGCUCCGUCACCGGCGACGUCCACUACGGCUCCAUGACCGCCGACGAGGCCCAGCAGUACCGGGGCCAGAUCGUCAUGAACACGGAAGAGGAGCUCUUCUUCCCGACGCUCACCGUCGGCCAGACCAUGGAUUUCGCGACCCGCCUCAAGAUCCCUUUCCACCUGCCCGAGGGCGUCACGUCUAACGAGGAGCUCCGCGUCCAGAACAGGGACUUUCUGCUCGAGUCCAUGGGCAUUCAGCACACCUUCGACACCAAGGUCGGCAACGAAUACGUUCGUGGCGUGUCCGGCGGCGAGAGGAAGCGCGUCUCCAUCAUCGAGUGCAUGGCGACGAGGGGAUCCGUAUUCUGCUGGGACAACAGCACCAGAGGUUUGGAUGCCAGCACAGCAUUGGAGUACACCAAGGCCGUCCGCGCCAUGACCGAUGUCCUCGGCCUCGCGUCCAUCGUGACGCUGUACCAGGCGGGCAACGGCAUCUACGACCUCUUCGACAAGGUGCUCGUCCUCGACAACGGCAAGGAGAUGUACUACGGCCCCAUGAAGGAGGCCCGCCCUUUCAUGGAGAGCCUGGGCUUCAUCUGCUCCGACGGCGCCAACGUCGCCGACUUCCUCACCGGCGUCACCGUCCCUACGGAACGCGCCGUCCGCCCGGGCUACGAGAAGACCUUCCCCCGCAACGCCGACGCCCUGCGGGCAGAGUACCAGAAGUCGGACAUCUACCCGAGGAUGGUGGCCGAGUACGACUUCCCGACCAAGGAGGACACCAAGGAGAGGACGCGGCUGUUCAAGGAGGGCGUCGCCGGCGAGAAGCACAAGCAGCUGCCCGCCAACAGCCCCCUGACGACGAGCUUCGCCACGCAGGUCAAGGCCUGCGUCGCCCGGCAGUACCAGAUCAUCUGGGGCGACAAGGCGACCUUCAUCAUCACGCAGGUGUCGACCCUGAUCCAGGCCCUCAUCGCCGGCUCGCUCUUCUACAACGCCCCGAACACCUCCGGCGGCCUGUUCAUGAAGGGCGGCGCCCUCUUCUUCGCGCUGCUCUUCAACAGUCUGCUGUCCAUGGCCGAGGUCACAAACUCCUUCACCGGCCGGCCGGUCUUGAUCAAGCACAAGUCCUUCGCCUACUACCACCCCGCCGCGUUCUGCAUCGCCCAGAUUGCCGCCGACAUCCCCGUCAUCCUGUUUCAAGUCACCAUUUUCUCCGUGGUACUCUACUUCAUGGUCGGGCUGAAGACAACGGCAGAGGCCUUCUUCACCUUUUGGAUCGUAGUUGUCGCCACCACCAUGUGCAUGACGGCCAUGUUCCGGUCCAUUGGCGCGGGUUUCAAGACUUUCGACGACGCCUCCAAAGCCUCCGGCUUCCUGGUCAGCGCAGCCAUCAUGUACAACGGCUACAUGAUUCAAAAGCCCCAGAUGCACCCUUGGUUUGUCUGGAUCUUCUGGAUCGACCCGUUGUCCUACGCCUUUGACGCCCUCAUGUCGACCGAGUUCCACCGUCAGCUCAUCCCGUGUGUCGGGCCGAACUUGGUGCCGAAUGGCCCCGGGUACACGGACCCGGCGCACCAGUCUUGCGCCGGUGUGGCGGGAGCCGUCCAGGGAGAAACCUCCCUGACCGGCGACCAGUAUCUCUCGGCUCUUUCGUACAGCAAGAGCCACGUGUGGAGGAACUUUGGUAUCGUCUGGGCCUGGUGGGCGCUCUUCGUCGCGCUCACCAUCAUUGCCACCUCCCGGUGGCGCCCCUCGGCCGAGAGCGGAUCUUCCUUGCUCAUCCCCCGCGAGAACGCAAAGAACGUUCGCGUCCCUCGCGAGGACGAGGAAGCUCAGUCCUCCGAGGAGACCGCCGUGGAGAAGGACAAGAGCGACAGCGAGAAGCGGGACGGCGGCGACAACGCCAACCAGGACCUCGUCCGCAACACCUCCAUCUUCACCUGGAAGGACCUCACUUAUACCGUCAAGACCCCGUCAGGAGACCGCGUGCUGCUCGACAAGGUCAGCGGCUGGGUACGACCGGGUAUGCUGGGCGCCUUGAUGGGCUCGUCCGGCGCCGGAAAGACCACUCUCCUGGACGUCCUCGCCCAACGCAAGACAGACGGCACGAUCCGCGGCUCCAUCAUGGUCGACGGCCGCCCCCUUCCCGUUUCCUUCCAGCGGUCGGCCGGCUACUGUGAGCAGCUGGACGUCCACGAGCCCUACGCCACCGUCCGUGAGGCCCUCGAGUUCUCGGCCCUGCUCAGGCAGAGCCGCGACACCCCGCGCGCCGAGAAGCUGGCGUACGUCGACACCAUCAUCGAUCUCCUGGAGCUGCACGACCUCGCCGACACCCUCAUCGGCCGCGUCGGGAACGGCCUCUCGGUGGAGCAGCGGAAGCGCGUGACCAUCGGCGUCGAGCUCGUCUCGAAGCCCAGCAUCCUCAUCUUCCUCGACGAGCCCACGUCCGGCCUCGACGGCCAGUCCGCCUUCAACACGGUCCGCUUCCUCCGCAAGCUCGCCGACGUCGGCCAGGCAGUCCUCGUCACCAUCCACCAGCCCUCCGCCCAGCUCUUCUCCCAGUUCGACACCCUCCUCCUGCUCGCAAAGGGCGGCAAGACUGUCUACUUUGGCGACAUCGGCGACAACGCCAGGACCAUCCGCGACUACUUUGGCCGCUACGGCGCCCCCUGCCCCGAGGAGGCCAACCCGGCCGAGCACAUGAUCGACGUCGUCUCCGGCCACCUCUCCAAGGGCAAGGACUGGAACGAGAUCUGGCUCUCUUCCCCCGAGCACGACGCCGUCGUCCGGGAGCUCGACCACAUGAUCGACGACGCCGCCUCCCGGCCGCCGGGCACCAGCGACGACGGCCACGAGUUCGCCCUGCCCCUCUGGGACCAGGUCAAGAUCGUCACGCAACGCGCCAACGUCUCCCUCUACCGCAACGUCGACUACAUCAACAACAAGUUCGCGCUCCACAUCUUCUCGGCCCUCUUCAACGGCUUCUCCUUCUGGAUGAUCGGCGACUCCGUCGGCGACAUCACCCUGCGCCUCUUCACCAUCUUCAACUUCAUCUUCGUCGCCCCCGGCGUGCUCGCCCAGCUGCAGCCCCUCUUCAUCGACCGCCGCGACAUCUUCGAGACGCGCGAGAAGAAGUCCAAGAUGUACUCGUGGAUCGCCUUCGUCUCGGGCUCCGUCGUCUCCGAGGUGCCCUACCUCAUCAUCUGCGCCGUGCUCUACUUCGUCUGCUGGUACUACACCGUCGGCUUCCCGAACGACUCGGCCCGCGCCGGCGGCACCUUCUUCGUCAUGCUCAUGUACGAGUUCGUCUACACCGGCAUCGGUCAGUUCAUCGCCGCCUACGCCCCCAACGCCGUCUUCGCGUCCCUCGUCAACCCGCUCAUCAUCGGAGUCCUCGUCUCCUUCUGCGGUGUCCUCGUCCCCUACUCCCAGCUCCAGACGUUCUGGAAGUACUGGAUGUACUACCUCAACCCCUUCAACUACCUGAUGGGCAGCAUGCUCGUGUUCGACGUCUGGGGCACAAAGGUCGAGUGCAAGGACCAGGAGUUCGCCCUCUUCGACCCGGCCAACGGCACGACGUGCGGCGAGUACCUGGCGGGCUACAUGCAGGGGAUGGGAGCGAGCAGCAACCUCAUCAACCCCGACGCCGUGUCCGAGUGCCGCGUGUGCCAGUACCGCGAUGGCAGCGACUACCUGCGGACAAUCAACCUCAACGAGUACUACUACGGCUGGCGCGACGCGGCAAUUGUCGUCAUCUUCGCCUUCAGCUCGUAUGCCCUGGUCUACCUCCUCAUGAAGCUUCGCACCAAGACUUCAAAGAAGGCGGAGUAAACUGGCGCUCCCUUUCUUCAUCUGAAGUCUCAUCACACACGUCAAAUACCCCCACGCACCUAGAAUACUCAAUCAACUACAGAAUCUUGGAUGGUGCAGCUCUCUCACGAGUGGCUCUCAAGAUUAAUUAGCAUUUAGCAUCGCGCAUCUCGUCUCAUCGGCAUUUUUUUGAUUUCCUGGCAUCUUAUCUCUCUCGUGCCAGGCUGGAGUUUCCAUCACAGGGAGGGUUCAUUAUUGGGUAAAGUUAAUAGAUCUCACACUACACAAGAUAGAAUGGAAAACGCGGUUC